AUGAAGCAAGUGGAGGGGAAGAUCAAGCAUUGCAUGAUGGAAGCCAAAAGAGCUGAGCUGACUGAAAAGGAGCUGCAGCCCAUGCCCGAAGACUUGAAAGUCUACAGACAGGUGGGCAAGAUGUUCAUCCUGCAGCCAAAGCCCGAUCUGGCAAGGUCUCUCAAAGCGCAGGUAGCUGUGAAGACCUUGGAAAGCCAGCAGCUCAAGCAGGCUUACAAUAAGAUCCAGGAGAAGGUCAGAAGUGAAGCCGAUGGACUCAAGGAGCUCAUAGGCCCAGAGAGGACGAAGCAGCUUUUCCAGUCCGGAGGCCAUAUCUGGCAAUAG